AUGACGUCUGAGAGUCUAACAGACCCGAAACAUUCUUGGCAGUUACGCUAUCUCUACGGAGGAACUGACUAUAAUACCUACAGGCCCCCGCUCCAAUUCGCACUGCUCAAAGCCAUGGCAAGCCUUCGCAUUUUGAUAUCAGGCGCCGGCAUCGCCGGCCCCGCGUUCGCCUUCUGGGCCACUCGACUCGGACAUGCAUGCACAAUUGUUGAACGUUCCUCUGAGCUUCGCGAUAGCGGUCAGCAGAUUGACAUUCGCAGCCAUGGCAUCGAAGUCACCAAGCACAUGGACAUACUGGACGAGAUUCGAAGUCUUGCUGUGCAGGAAUCCGGAGUGCGCUUCGUCGACAGUCGUGGAGCUGAGCAGGCGUUUUUUUCUGGCACGGAGUCCUCCGCACGAGCACAGGGCUUGAGCAGCGAGUUUGAAAUCAUGCGAGGUGAUUUAUCUCGCUUAUUAAAUUCGAAAAACGCUUCAAGCGUUCAGAUCCUACUUGGUACAACUGUUCAAAGUAUCCAAUCACACCAUGACAGCGCUACCGUCACAUUCUCGGACGGGAGUGUGGGCGAAUACGAUCUCGUUGUCGCCGCAGAUGGUCAGAAUUCCAAGAUUCGACAGCAAAUGUUGAGCGAGAACCCAGCAAUCGCGGACGAGUCGCGCAACCUCGGCGUUUAUAGUGCAUACUACAGAAUACCACGAACAGCGAACGAUUCCGGCUGCGCCACCGUCUACGUUGCCCCCAACGAACGAAUCUUGUGCACCCGAUGGCACAGCACCGAACAGGGCCAGGGCUACUUGGCAACCAUGGCCCACCAAGACGAGAUGGAAGAGGCUUUGAAACAAGGUGUUGACGCCCAGAAGACGCUUUUCGAGAACGUCUUCAAAGAUGCAGGCUGGGAAUCCGGGCGUUUGGUCGACGGCUUGCGGGAAGCAGAUGACUUUUAUGCUCAAAGCGCGGUGCAGGUCAAGAUCAGCGCGUGGUCCAAGGACCGAGUGGUACUGCUGGGCGAUGCUGCGUACUGCCCGACUCCACUAACCGGUAUGGGCACGAGCUUGGCUCUCAUCGGAGCAUACGUUCUCGCAGGCGAAAUAUCGACCGGCGUCGAUAUUGCGACAGCUCUAACGGCAUAUGAAAAGACUCUUCGGCCGUUUGUGCAGAAAUCUCAACAACUACCGCUGGGCUUGCCGAGCUUAGCUUAUCCAUCUAGCGAACUUGGAGUCAAGGCUUUCUAUUGGUUUGCGGGACUGGCUUCGAAAUUGAGCCUGGACAAAAUUGAUGUCACUCCAUCUUUCCUGAAAAGCAAGCCAUGGAUUUUGCCGCAAUACGAGAACCUCGUUGCUUCUUAG